AUGCUUCGAAUACCGUUUAUUCUCAUUUUGAUCCUUCUUAACAUCAUAAUUGAACGGCAUAGUAGUGAAGCCAUUCAAUCGCUUGAUGAUUUUUUUCCCUUUGGCCCGGAAGCAGAUGACAUCCGAAUGAUACGUAAUGAUGAUAAAAGUCUUGGUCCUAUACCAUUACCUUACAUAUUCCCGUAUUUCGAUAACAAUCAUCGUCAAAUCUAUCAAGCAAAUAAUGGUCUUUUUUCUUUCUUGGGUGGAAUAUCUACUUACAAUCCAAUUGAAUUCCCAAUUGGUAACAAUCAACGUUUAAUUACCCCGUUCUGGUCUGACAUUGACACACGUGGAGUCACGAGUAAUAUCUCUGAAAAUGCUGUUUAUUAUCAAGUUCAUGUUAGAAACGCGAACAACUCGAGUAAUGUGACAGCAUUUGUAUUUGACAAGGCUACACGCUUUGUUCGUCAAUAUUUUCCCCGAGAACAAAUAUUUGAACCAAUGAUGGUCAUUACCGGUACAUGGUAUCGAGUUGGAUAUUGUUGCACACAUAUAGACCGUCUUAAUACUUUUCAAAUGGCAUUAAUUACUGACCAAUCACGUAGUUUUGCAUUCUUUUUCUACAAUGAUUUACAAUGGGCUAGCCCAUCUUCAAAUGGACCAUAUGCUCAAGCAGGUUUUAAUGCUGGUGAUGGUGUUGUAUCAAAAAUGCUUAAAUAUUCUCGGACAGGGAAUAUUACAUUACUUGUUAAUGAAAGUAAUGUUAAUGUGCCUGGCCUAUUUGCUUUUCGCAUAGAUACAACAGAUAUUGAAGCAGGUGGAUGUAACGAGCACGAGAGUCUUACUCAUUUACCCGUGCGUGGUCCACAAAUAGGUGACACAACUAUAAAUUUACAGGGGCCAUGUUUUGAUUCAAAUACAACGGAAGUUCUGUGCCGUUUUGGUGAAUUCGGAACUGUCAAUGGUAUGAUUUUGAAUGAAUUUCGAGCUGUUUGUGUUUCACCACUUGCAACAUACCCUGGUAAUGUUGAAUUAACUGUAUCUCUUGAUGGAGGCAAUACAUUCGUAUCUUCUGGAACUUUCACAUACAUGCCCAUGACAAACGAUGUUCUUAUCAAUGAAGAAAUCAUCCUCCGUCAGAAUGGUACUGCUACACAAGCUGUUAGUUGGGGAGAUACAAUUGAACUUGAAUGGGUGAUGUCUGAAGCAUUAUUCGCUGGAAUUGAUUCAGAUGCUUUGAUUGAUAUUGAAUAUGAAUCAUUGAUACCAGACGAAGAAAGUACACGUCGACGACAGAAAGAUUCAAAUGCAGAUGUUGAUAUUAAAAUCGAUAAAGUUAUAACAUUGGCUUCAAAUAUUCGUCCACAAGUCGGUCGUCAAACAAUACAAAUUGAUCUAGCAGAAAUUGCGCGAAAACAGCCUCGUAUUAUUCCUCUAGCAGGUGUUGCAGUUGGUGCUAUUCGCGUUGGUAUAUUUGUAUAUCGAGCUUACAAAAUUUACCGUGCAGUUAAAACUGCGAUCAAAAUCAUAAAAGCAACCGCAGAAGUGACAUGUGACAUUUGGAGUUCUACUCAGCCGAAUCCUUCGACAUGGAAUCAAAAUCUUCCGCCGUGUCCGAACACUCUUCGGCAAGCUCAGGUUGCACGAGCUCAAUAUGUACCUGAUCCCGCAUGCAAGGAUGGAGGAUUUCUUCCUUCAUUUAUUCCCGUUGUUGGUAAUUGUUGGUUUCAUCAAGGACGACCACAGUUUCAAGAAGACAAUGCGGCAGCGUGUUUUCGCUCAGUUCAAUCUAAUCAACACGGCGCUGGUGGACAAUGUUGUUACAAUACCGCCGGACAAAUUAUCACUCGAGGAACUGGGGCUGGCAGCGAUGAUCGUUAUCACAGUGAUAAAACAUUCUGGAAACACCAGUUUCAUGAUGUCGCCACGUUUGUUGCUUGCUGUAAAUUACAAUCGAAUCCGGAGCAAUGCGAUAAGUAUCUUCAACAUCGACCUUCACGACCAGGAAGUGAUACUAUGGGUCAAUUUGGUGGUACUUGGGGUGAUCCACAUUUUUUAACACUUGAUGGAACUGCUUAUACAUUUAAUGGUUACGGAGAAUACAUAUAUCUGGCAGUUCCUUUGCAACAAACGAUCUCGUAUAAUUUCAAUACUACUUUUCGAUUCGAAUCACAAAUUCGUACUACACCGAUAGGAUCUGGGGCAGCUACUGCAACAGCGAUCAAAGCUUUUGCUGUUAGAAUUGGUAUGCAGAAACUUGCCAUCACAGUAUCUCGAAGAAAUCAACUUCUUAUUCUUCUGAAUAAUGAUGAGCUGAUAUUUGAAACUGAUCAAGAUACAUCGACGAACUUAGAUCUCAUUACUUUCCGUUUCGAAGAGUUUUUCAUUUCGAAAAAUCGGACAAAUAAUCAACUUACACUGGUAUGUGCACAAGGUGUUAGUAUUCAGAUCACACCAGUCUAUGUAGCCACAGCGUCAACUAUGGUUCUGAAUAUCGGCGCAGCAAUUAGUGGAGAAUUAAAAGGUGAAUGGACAUUAGGUUUAAUUGGUUCUUACGAUGGUAAUCCUUUAAAUGAUUUACGAGAUCGUUCUGGUGUCGUUAUUGGCACUGUUGAUGAACUUUCGUCACAAGAAAUACAUGAACAAUUUGGCAUGACAUGGGCGAUUGACCCUACUCGAUCUCUUUUCUUUUACGAAUCAGGUGAUAAUGCUUCGUUUUAUUCAUUUCAAAAUCAAAAUUACCGACCAAUGUUCAAUGCUCUUAUCGUCGAUUCUGACAACGCAAAUGCUCGUGAUGCUUGUGAGAUUCCUCACAAUGCAACUGAUUCAUCGCAAUGGUCUACUGUUCAACGCACUUGUUACUAUGAUAUUGUUGUUACCGGUGAUAUUGAUUUCGGCCGUACUUCACGUCAAGCAGCAGAACAACAAAUAGAACAACGUGAAGCAAUGCGUAAUCCUCCAAAAUUCAAUUCUGGCCUAUCUCUCACUCGAUCAGUACAAAUCGGUGAAGAAGUACGUCUUUCUUUUCGAGCCACUAGUGAAUUCAGUUCGAGUAUUAGCUACAAACUCCUUCGCGCGCCAAAUGAUGCAUCUCUUAACGCAAUGACAGGUGAAUUUCAAUGGAAAGUUUCGAAGAAACUUGAAACCACGAAUCAAAUUCCUGUUCAAGUUAGCGCACAAGAUACAGUUUUCAAUUUAACAUCAACUUAUGAAGUUCUACUUCAGAUUCAAGAAAAGAGUAAGGCUCUUUCACGUACAAGUUGUAUGUUUUUACUUAUUUUUACAUUCGUUUGCCGUGUAAUGCUUUCAUAA